AUGGAGAGGGAAGAUGGCAGCCCCAGAAUAUUCAUCCAGUGCAAGGACAGAGAUGUGAACAGCCACUUGUGUGAGGCCACAGACAUUCCCCUGUGCCACGGUUCUCUCCUCAGGACUUUGAGCGGGUUCAGCCACACCCGUGCCCCCCAGCAGCACACGGGGCUGUCCCGGACUGUCCGGCGUUAUCCAGCCACCACUGCCAAUGGCCAGCUGACUUCCAAUGCUCUGCCUAUGGGACUGGGACUUGAACAGAGAGACAGCGCCCAGCAGGCAGCACAUCUGGACCAUCCCUCAUCCGCCUGGGGGAUGAAUCUCACAGAGAAAAUCAAGAAGAUCAAGAUCGUCUUCACUCCUACCAUCUGCAAGCAGACCUGUGCCCGUGGGCACUGUGCCAACAGCUGUGAGCGGGGAGACACCACCACCCUGUACAGCCAGGGUGGCCAUGGGCAUGACCCCAAGUCAGGCUUCCGCAUCUAUUUCUGCCAGAUCCCCUGCCUGAAUGGAGGCCGCUGCAUUGGCCGGGAUGAGUGCUGGUGUCCCGCCAACUCCACUGGGAAGUUCUGCCACCUGCCGGCUCCACAGCCAGACAGGGAAUCUUCAAGGAGGGGUUCCCGCCACAGGGCCCUGCUGGAAGGCCCCCUGCAGCAGUCCACCUUCACUCUGCCUCUCUCCAACCAGCUGGCCUCCGUGAAUCCCUCCUUGGUGAAAGUGCACAUUAACCACCCACCCGAGGCCUCCGUGCAGAUCCACCAGGUGGCACGAGUGCGGGGUGAGGCAGACGGUACCCCAGAGGAGAACAGUGUGGACAGCAGAGCCCCACUCCGACUCCCUGCCAGCCACAGCCGCGGCCACUGGGACAGCAACAGCAUCCUGGCUGGGGCCAGAGAGCCCCCUCAGCCACCACCCCCAGUGGUGCCCAGACAUCGGGGACUGCUGGGCCGGUGUUACCUGAGUACUGUGAAUGGACAGUGCACGAACCCCCUGCUGGAACUGACUGCUCAGGAGGACUGCUGUGGCACUGUGGGGGCAUUCUGGGGGGUGACCUCAUGUGUCCCAUGUCCACCCAGACCAGCAUCCCCACUGAUUGAAAAUGGCCAGCUGGAGUGUCCCCAGGGGUACAAGAGACUGAACCUCACUCACUGCCAGGAUAUCAACGAGUGCUUGACCCUGGGCCUGUGCAAGGACUCGGAGUGCGUGAACACCAGGGGCAGCUACCUGUGCACAUGCAGACCUGGCCUCAUGCUGGAUCCGUCACGGAGCCGCUGUGUAUCGGACAAAGCUGUCUCCAUGCAACAAGGACUAUGCUACCGGUCGCUGGAGCCUGGCACCUGCACCCUGCCUUUGGCCCAGCGGAUCACCAAGCAAAUAUGCUGCUGCAGCCGUGUGGGCAAAGCCUGGGGCAGCGAGUGUGAGAAAUGUCCUCCACCUGGCACAGAGGCCUUCAGGGAGAUCUGUCCUGCUGGCCACGGCUACACCUACUCAAGCUCAGACAUCCGCUUGUCCAUGAGGAAAGCUGAGGAAGAGGAACUGACCAGGCCCUCCAGGGAGCAAGCACAGAAGAGCCAUGGGCCCCUGCCUGGGCUGGUGGAGAAGCAGCCACUCCGGGUGGCCACCGACACCUGGCUUGAGGCUGGGACCAUCCCUGCCAAGGGUGACUCUCAGGCUGGGCAGGUCACAACCAGUGUGACCCAUCUACCUGCCUCGGUCCCAGGGGAUGCCAUCGGAAGACCAACACCACCACUGCCUGAACAGGGGAUUCCAGAGACUUGGGAAGAAGAGCAAGUUACCCACUCUACUGAUGUGCUGGUGACACUGGGUACCCCAGGCAUUGAUAGAUGUGCUGCCAAUAUCUGUGGCCCUGGAACCUGUGAGAACCUCCUAGAUGGAUAUAGAUGUGUCUGCAGCCCUGGCUAUCAGCUGCACCCCAGUCAGGCCUACUGCAUGGAUGACAAUGAGUGCCUAAGGGACCCCUGUGCAGGAAAAGGACGCUGCAUCAACAGUGUGGGCUCCUACUCCUGCAUUUGCUACUCUGGCUACACACUGUCAACCUCAGGAGCCACACAGGAGUGCCAAG